AUGGUCAACCAAAGCUUCCCAUUGGGAUUCCUCCUUCUGGGCUUCUCUGAACACCCAGAGCUGGAAAGGAUUCUCUUUGUGGUUGUCUUAACUUCCUACCUCCUCACCUUGGUGGGCAACACACUCAUCAUCCUGCUGUCGGUGCUGGACCCCAGGCUCCACUCUCCAAUGUAYUUCUUCCUCUCCAACCUCUCCUUCUUGGACCUCUGCUUCACCACAAGUUUUGUCCCCCAGAUGCUGGUCAACCUCUGGGGCCCCAAGAAGACCAUCAGCUUCCUGGGCUGCUUCAUCCAGCUCUUCAUCUUUCUGUCCCUGGGAACAACUGAGUGCAUCCUCCUGACAGUGAUGGCCUUUGACCGCUAUGUGGCUGUCUGCCAGCCCCUUCACUAUGCCACCAUCAUCCACCCACGACUAUGCAGGCAACUGGCAGCUGUGGCCUGGGUUAUGGGUCUGGCCCAAUCCAUAGUCCAGACGCCACCCACUCUUCGCCUGCCCUUCUGUCCCCACCGGCAGAUAGAUGACUUUUUGUGUGAAGUUCCUUCUCUGAUUAGACUAUCCUGUGGAGACACCACCUACAAUGAAAUCCAGUUAGCUGUGUCCAGUGUCAUCUUUGUGGUGGUUCCUCUCAGCCUCAUCCUGGUCUCUUACAGUGCCAUUGCCCAGGCAGUGCUGAGAAUUAACUCUGCCCAAGCAUGGAAAAGAGCUUUAGGGACCUGCUCCUCCCAUCUUAUGGUUGUCACUAUCUUCUACAGCUCCGUCAUUGCUGUCUACCUCCAGCCCAAAAAUCCAUAUGCCCAAAAGAGGGGCAAGUUCUUUGGCCUCUUCUAUGCAGUGGGUACUCCUUCACUUAACCCACUCAUAUACACCCUGAGGAACAAGGAGGUAAAGAGGGCAUUCAGGAGGUUGCUGGGGAAAGAAGGUGACUCCAGGGAGAACUAA